AGCGCUGCUCCCGCCUCAGUGGGCAACUGAGAGGAGGCGCCUGCCAGGGAGCUGGCCCAGGCUGCCCCACCGCCAUCCCCAGUUGGAGGACUUAGGCCCCAGCCGGCACCUGCCAGGAGUUUUGACCUUAAGCUCUAGCCCCGCCCGCCCCCUUUGGGAAGAGAGGUACACCAAACCGCUCACCUUUGCUGACUGCAUUAGUGAUGAGUUGCCGCUAGGAUGGGAAGAGGCAUAUGACCCACAGGUUGGAGAUUACUUCAUAGACCACAACACCAAAACCACUCAGAUUGAGGAUCCUCGAGUACAAUGGCGGCGGGAACAGGAACAUAUGCUGAAGGAUUACCUGGUGGUGGCCCAGGAGGCUCUGAGUGCUCAAAAAGAGAUCUACCAGGUGAAGCAGCAGCGCCUGGAGCUUGCACAGCAGGAGUACCAGCAGCUGCAUGCCGUCUGGGAGCACAAGCUGGGCUCCCAGGUCAGCUUGGUCUCUGGUUCAUCAUCCAGCUCUAAGUAUGACCCUGAGAUCCUGAAAGCUGAAAUUGCCACUGCAAAAUCCCGGGUCAACAAGCUGAAGAGAGAGAUGGUUCACCUCCAGCACGAGCUGCAGUUCAAAGAGCGUGGCUUUCAGACCCUGAAGAAAAUCGAUAAGAAAAUGUCUGAUGCUCAGGGCAGCUACAAACUGGAUGAAGCUCAGGCUGUCUUGAGAGAAACAAAAGCCAUCAAAAAGGCUAUUACCUGUGGGGAAAAGGAAAAGCAAGAUCUCAUUAAGAGCCUUGCCAUGUUGAAGGACGGCUUCCGCACCGACAGGGGGUCUCACUCAGACCUGUGGUCCAGCAGCAGCUCUCUGGAGAGUUCGAGUUUCCCGCUGCCGAAACAGUACCUGGACGUGAGCUCCCAGACAGACAUCUCGGGAAGCUUCAGCAUCAACAGCAACAAUCAGUUGGCAGAGAAGGUCAGAUUGCGCCUUCGAUAUGAAGAGGCCAAAAGAAGGAUCGCCAACCUGAAGAUCCAGCUGGCCAAGCUUGACAGUGAGGCCUGGCCUGGGGUGCUGGACUCAGAGAGGGACCGGUUGAUCCUCAUCAACGAGAAAGAGGAGCUGCUGAAGGAGAUGCGCUUCAUCAGCCCCCGCAAGUGGACCCAGGGGGAGGUGGAGCAGCUGGAGAUGGCCCGGAAGCGGCUGGAAAAGGACCUGCAAGCAGCCCGGGACACCCAGAGCAAGGCGCUGACGGAGAGGUUAAAGUUAAACAGUAAGAGGAACCAGCUGGUGAGAGAACUGGAGGAAGCCACUCGGCAGGUGGCAACUCUGCACUCUCAGCUGAAAAGUCUCUCAAGCAGCAUGCAGUCCCUGUCCUCAGGCAGCAGCCCCGGAUCCCUCACGUCCAGCCGGGGCUCCCUGGUUGCAUCCAGCCUGGACUCCUCCACUUCAGCCAGCUUCACUGACCUCUACUAUGACCCCUUUGAGCAGCUGGACUCAGAGCUGCAGAGCAAGGUGGAGUUUCUGCUCCUGGAGGGGGCCACCGGCUUCCGGCCUUCGGGCUGCAUCACCACCAUCCAUGAGGACGAGGUGGCCAAGACCCAGAAGGCAGAGGGAGGUGGCCGCCUGCAGGCUCUGCGUUCCCUGUCUGGCACCCCAAAGUCCAUGACCUCCCUGUCCCCACGUUCCUCUCUCUCCUCCCCCUCCCCACCCUGUUCCCCUCUCAUGGCUGACCCGCUCCUGGCUGGUGAUGCCUUCCUCAACUCCCUGGAGUUUGAAGACCCGGAGCUGAGUGCCACUCUUUGUGAACUGAACCUUGGUAACAGCACCCAGGAAAGAUACCGGCUGGAGGAACCAGGAACGGAGGGCAAGCAGCUGGGCCAAGCUGUGAAUACGGCCCAGGGGUGUGGCCUGAAAGUGGCCUGUGUCUCAGCCGCGGUAUCGGACGAGUCAGUGGCUGGGGACAGUGGUGUGUACGAGGCUUCUGUGCAGAGACUGGGUGCUUCAGAAGCUGCUGCGUUUGACAGUGACGAAUCAGAAGCAUUGGGUGCGGCCCGAGUUCAGAUUGCCCUGAAGUAUGAUGAGAAGAAUAAGCAAUUUGCAAUAUUAAUCAUCCAGCUGAGUAACCUUUCUGCUCUGUUGCAGCAACAAGACCAGAAAGUGAAUAUCCGUGUGGCUGUCCUUCCUUGCUCUGAAAGCACCACCUGCCUGUUCCGGACCCGGCCCCUGGACGCCUCAGACACUCUAGUGUUCAAUGAGGUGUUCUGGGUAUCCAUGUCCUAUCCAGCCCUUCACCAGAAGACCUUAAGAGUCGAUGUCUGUACCACCGACAGGAGCCAUCUGGAAGAGUGCCUGGGAGGCGCCCAGAUCAGCCUGGCGGAGGUCUGCAGGUCUGGGGAGAGGUCGACUCGCUGGUACAACCUCCUCAGCUACAAAUACUUGAAGAAACAGAGCAGGGAGCUCAAGCCAGUGGGAGUCACGGCCCCUGCCCCAGGGCCUGCAAGCACGGACGCUGUGUCUGCUCUGUUGGAACAGACAGCGGUGGAGCUGGAGAAGAGGCAGGAGGGCAGGAGCAGCACACAGACGCUGGAAGACAGCUGGAGGUACGAGGAGACCAGUGAGAAUGAGGCAGUAGCUGAGGAAGAGGAGGAGGAGGUGGAAGAGGAGGAGGAAGAAGAGGAUGUUUUCACUGAGAAAGCCUCACCUGAUAUGGACGGGUACCCAGCAUUAAAGGUGGACAAAGAAACCAACACGGAGACCCCGGCCCCAUCCCCCACAGUGGUGCGACCCAAGGACCGGAGGGUGGGCACUCCGUCCCCGGGGCCAUUUCUUCGAGGGAGCACCAUCAUCCGCUCUAAGACCUUCUCCCCGGGACCCCAGAGCCAGUACGUUUGCCGGCUGAAUCGGAGUGAUAGUGACAGCUCCACUCUGUCCAAAAAGCCACCUUUUGUUCGAAACUCCCUGGAGCGACGCAGCGUCCGGAUGAAGCGGCCUUCCUCGGUCAAGUCCCUGCGCUCCGAGCGUCUGAUCCGCACCUCGCUGGACCUGGAGUUAGACCUGCAGGCGACAAGAACCUGGCAUAGCCAACUGACCCAGGAGAUCUCGGUGCUGAAGGAGCUCAAGGAGCAGCUGGAACAAGCUAAGAGCCACGGGGAGAAGGAGCUGCCGCAGUGGUUGCGUGAGGACGAGCGUUUCCGCCUGCUGCUGAGGAUGUUGGAGAAGCGGCAGAUGGACCAAGCAGAGCACAAGGGUGAGCUUCAGACAGACAAGAUGAUGAGGGCAGCUGCCAAGGAUGUGCACAGGCUCCGAGGCCAGAGCUGUAAGGAGCCCCCAGAAGUGCAGUCUUUCAGGGAGAAGAUGGCAUUUUUCACCCGGCCUCGGAUGAAUAUCCCAGCUCUCUCUGCAGAUGACGUCUAAUCGCCAGAAAAGUAUUCCUUUUGUUCCACUGACCAGGCUGUGAACAUUGACUGUGGCUAAAGUUAUUUAUGUGGUGUUAUAUGAAGGUACUGAGUCACAAGUCCUCUAGUGCUCUUGUUGGUUUGAAGAUGAACUGAUUUUUUAGUUUGGGUCCUACUGUUGUUAUUAAAAACAGAACAAAAACAAAACACACACACACACACACACACAAAAACAGAAACAAAAAAAAAAAAACCAGCAUUAAAAUAAUAAGAUUGUAUAGUUUGUAUAUUUAGGAGUGUAUUUUUGGGAAAGAAAAUUUAAAUGAACUAAAGCAGUAUUGAGUUGCUGCUCUUCUUAAAAUCGUUUAGAUUUUUUUCAGUUUGUACAGCUCCACCUUUUAGAGGUCUUACUGCAAUAAAAAGUAAUGCCCGGGGGACGGUAAUCCUAAUAGGACGUCCCGCACUUGUCACAGUACAGCUAACUUUUCCUAGUUAACAUAUUUUGUACAAUAUUAAAAAAAUGCACAGAAUCCAUUGUUGGGGGGAGGGAUUCAGAGGUGCAUCCAUGGAUCUUCUUGAGCUGUGACGUGUUUUUAUGUGGCUGCCCAACGUGGAGCGGGCGGUGUGAUAGGCUGGGCGGGCUAAGCAGCCCAGUCUAUGUGGGUAACAGGCCACGCUGGUCUCAGAUGCCCAGUGAAGCCACUAACAUGAGUGAGGGGAGGGCUGUGGGGAGCUCCAUUAAGUUUUAUCUCCAUCAAUAAAGUGGCCUUUCAAAAAGAA